CCCCCCCCGGCGAAACCUAACGCUCUCAAAUCCCCAAAUCAUCCAUUUCCCUCUCCCAAUCAACUCGCGUCUAUCUUUUCGAUCCAAAAUUAUUAGAGGGGAAGGAAAAAUAAAUAAAUAAUAAAAAAAUAAAAUGCCGAGCGUAUUCCCAAAUCCAUUUCCUAAUUAAGCUGCGUAUAUCUUUCUUCGAUCCAGAAAUUGUUAGAUUGUAUACAUUCGUGAGAGAAGGAAGAAGAAGAUGCCGAGCGUGGGGGUGAAGCUGUACAGCGUCUUCUUCAAGCUCCUCCUGAAGCACCGCCUGCAAUCUCUCCUCCAGCAGCAGAAGAAUCUACAGAAUUCUGCACCUCUUUCUUCUUCUUCUUCUUCUGCCUUCGGCGCGGGUAUUGUUUGCCGGCCGGACGAGUCGACGGCUCCGGCCAAUCCGUCCUUCGCCGCCGACGGCGUCGCGACGAAGGACAUCCACAUCGACCCCCUCUCCUCCCUCUCCAUCCGCAUCUUCCUCCCCGACUCCUCCCUCUCCUCCGCCGAUCCCCGCCCCCGCCGCAACAGCUUCGUCCCGUCGCACCCCGCCCCCGCUCCCGCUCCCGCUCCGCGCCGCAGCAGCUACGAUCCCCCCUCCGGAUCCGCCAAUGGCGUUUCCCCCGCCGCCGCCGCCGCCUACCGCGGUUACCUCCCCUCCUCGCGCGGCGCCGCGGCAGGCAGAUCCAGGAGGCUCCCCGUCGUGAUCCAGUUCCACGGCGGCGGAUUCAUCGCCGGCAGCAACGCGUCGGCGGCGAACGACUUGUUCUGCCGGCGGAUCGCGAAGCUGCUCGACGUGGUCGUCGUCGCGGUCGGGUACCGGCUGGCGCCCGAGAGCAGGUUCCCGGCCGCCUUCGACGACGGGAUGAAGGUGCUGCGCUGGCUCGCCAAGCAGGCCAACCUCGCCGAGUGCAGCAAGUCGAUGGGGAGCUUGAAGGGAGGAGGAGGAGGAGGAGGAGGGGACGGAGGGGGGAUGGGAGGCGGCGCGGAGGGGCGCAAGUCGCACAUCGUGGACUCCUUCGGGGCCUCCACGGUCGAGCCGUGGCUCGCGGCGCACGGAGAUCCUUCCAGAUGUGUUCUCCUUGGUGUUUCCUGUGGUGCCAACAUUGCUGAUUAUGUUGCUAGGAAAGCAGUUGAAGCUGGGAAUCUCAUCGACCCUGUGAAGGUCGUUGCCCAGGUUCUCAUGUAUCCCUUUUUCAUAGGAAGUGUACCAACGCACUCAGAAAUUAAGCUAGCAAACUCCUACUUCUAUGACAAGUCCAUGUGCAUACUUGCUUGGAAACUGUUCCUACCCGAAGAUGAGUUUAGCUUAGACCACCCUGCUGCCAACCCCCUUGUACCCGGGAGGGGCCCGCCGUUGAAAGUAAUGCCUCCGACUUUAACAGUGAUCGCAGAGCAUGAUUGGAUGAGGGAUCGUGCUAUCGCCUAUUCUGAGGAGCUGAGAAAGGUGAACGUUGAUGCGCCGGUUCUUGAAUACAAGGAUGCCGUUCAUGAGUUUGCCACGCUUGACAUGCUCCUCAAGACUCCGCAGGCGCAGGCAUGUGCAGAGGACAUUGCAAUAUGGGUGAAGAAGUACAUAUCCCUUCGAGGACAUGAGUUUUCAUAUUAGAUUUCGGCAGUUUUUUGUUUAAUAGAUUGAGAAGGGAAGAGCAUCACCGCAGGAAUGUUUCUUGAGGCAGCUACCGUUAGCAGGUUCGUUGUAUUUUAAAUUUUUUCAUAUGUUUAUUUGUGUACUUUGUAAAAUGUGAACAGUAAGCGUAAUUGAAUUGGUGCUGUUCCCUUAGCUCUCAUUCUUUCAUUCCCUUGCUAUAUAUUCUUGUACUACACAUUCAGUUGAACCAACAUUGGCGCUGAUCUAGCUGGAACUGAUAAUCUUGCUCAUGUAAGAGCAUGAGUUUUACAGGCAUAGAAACUAUUAUUGUUCAUCCUAGCAUAGAGAAAUUUUAAAUUUGCUAUUGUUGUUUGAGAACUGAGCAGUUCAAUUACUUUUUUGUAGUUGUACUCUGAUAUACAUCUGAAUUUUGUGCCAAAUGUCAUGUGUUGGCAAUUUUUCGAUCA